AUGACCAGAAGCAAAGAGCGAUUGUUAGUCUCAAACAUUUUCUCAAUUUCUGUCUGUAUAUUUGUGUGUGCAGGUGUGUUUGGUGAUGAAAUGAAGUCAGUGUCAGUGAUGGAGGGUGAAUCUGUUACUCUACACACUGAUAUUACUGACAUACAGAGAGAUGAUCAGAUACUGUGGAAGUUUGGACUUCAAAAGUCUCUUAUAGCUCGGAUCAAUGGAGCAAACAGAGAUAUCUCAAUAAAUGCUGAUGUUCUUAAUGGGAGAUUCAGAGACAGACUGCAGGUGAAUAAUCAGACUGGAGAUCUCAUCAUCACAAACAUCACAACUCAACACACUGGACUUUAUCAAGUAAUCAUCAACAGCGUUAAGGAGAUCUCAUACAGAUUCAAUGUUAUUGUCUAUGCUUGUCUGCCUGUUCCUGUCAUCUCCAGAAACGUUUCACAAUGUUCAAAUUGUUCAUUAUUGUGUUCAGUGAUAAAUGUGAGUGAUGUGAGAGAUGUGAGUAUGUCCUGGUACAAAGGAAACAGUUUAUUGUCCAGCAUCAGUGUGUCUGAUCUCAACAUCAGACUCUCUCUACCUCUGGAGGUUGAAUAUCAGGAUACAAACACAUACAGAUGUGUACUCAACAAUCCCAUCACAAACCAAACUCAACAUCUCAACAUCACUCAUCUCUGUCAGACAUGUUCAGCUCUCACCAUUAUUCUGAUCUGUUGUGCUGCUGUUGGAUGUCUGAUGAUUGUGGCUUCAGUUCUGAUCUUCUGCAUCUGCAGGAAACAAAAAAACACAGAACAACAGGGCAAGUUAACACUACUGCUAAUAAUGUAAUGCAUUAUAAUGAUAUAAAACCCAAUAAUAUACUGGAUUUGGGCACUUCAAGAGUUUACAUUUUAUUUUUGUGUCUAUUAUAUUAUUGUUAAAACAGUUGAAGAUGAAGAGAUGAUCACUUACGCAGAUCCAACAAUCUAUACAGCACAAGCACAUGAAACGGGAGCUCCAGUGGAGGAUUUUGUGGUGUAUACAGGAAUCAAGUGACAAGAGAAAAUUCACCAAUAGCAAUCUAGAAAUUAAGAAACACCAAAAAGACAACGAUGGACACAGAGAACAUGAGUGAACCAAAGAUUGACAAAAGAUUCAGUAAACAAAAAGACAAAUCUGCCCCUUGUAGGUUUUUUCACUUAAUGCACGUGACUGCCUAGAAGCUUAAUUUCUCAGAGUCAAAGUGAAACCUGAUGCCCUACAUUUUUAAGUGUGGAAAGAAAUGUGGUUUGGUCUAUUGGUGUGUGCAUGUGUAUGUUUCUGAUUGGUGUUCAUGCCAAUUUUACAGUGAAAUAAAGUAU